AUGCAGCCCAAUGUAUAUAUGAAUGAUAUUAAAAAACAUAAAACGUGGAUAUCCAGCUUUAAAAAGGAGAUUCACGAGAAAAAAGAAAAAAAUAAGUUCCCUAAUGGAGAAUUCAAAUUCAAACCACCUAAGAGCAUUGAAGAUCAACUUGAUGAAUUAUCACAAUUAUGCUAGGCCUGUCAUUAUGAUAAAAAAAUUACAAUCAAAGGAUUUAAGGGUAAUUUCAAACUGGAACAUUGGAAAAUGAUUGAAUUGAGGUUGAGAGGAGACUAUUCCAUUUAAUAAAUUAGAAUUAUAGACACAAAGCUUGAAGAAGAUAACUUAUUGAUUCUCCCUUUAUGGUUUAGUUGGGUGAAAGCAAAGAAUUUGGUUAUAGAAUUCCAACACAACGAAUUAGAUGAUUAAAGUGUUGAAAAAUUCAUUUUUCAAUUGUUCGAAAGAAAUAUCAACCUAGAAAAACUCUUUAUAAUUAGUAAUCCUGGUGUUUAUAAAGGAUUUUUAUUAAGAAAAUUGAAGCAUUACUUGAUAAAGAAGUACGAAGAAAAUCCUGACUUCUAUUAUCUAUUAUUGAAGAACAAAUCAAAAUAUUCCUUGGCAAUAAUAAAAAUAUCAAGAUUAUGGCAGGUGCAGAGAAUUAGAGAAGAAAAGGAAAUUGCCCUAAAAAAAAUAGAUUAAACAUUCUAUUUCAGUUUCCAUUUAUCUAAUUGUUUUACUUAAAUUAAUUGGAAAGGAUUUGAGCAUUUAAUAUAAUGUACUUACAAUUUAGAAACUUUGGAAUAAAUUUCCUCAUUGGAUAUAUCAGACAAUUAUUUAGGCACUUAAAGUAGCUUUAAUACUCUUUGUUAAAACUUGGCCACUGCCAAGGGAUUGAUUUCCUUAAAGUUGAAAAAUUAACCUUUGUUUCAUAAUACGAAUGCCAUUUAUUCACUUGUUGGAGAUAGAUAUGAUAGCUUUAGGGUUAACCAUUUAGAUAUAUCAGAGAAUUCAAAUAUAUUUGAAAAAGCCUUUUAAUUACUAGCAAAUACUAUUUUCUUGAAAUGUAAAUCCAUAAACUUAAAUAAUUCACUUACAGAGAAUAACAGUACUCUUUAUAAAAUAGCUGUUUUGACUUAGGCUUAUGAAACAUAGAAUGAGGAAUUUUAAAAAUAAAAAUAAUAAGAAAAAGCAUAUAGAUAUAAACACAAUUUACAAACCUUAGAUUUAUCAAAAGUAGAAAACUUUAAUAGAUAUGAUCAAAUAGAGAUGUUACUAAAGGUCAUGAUAUUCUCUGAGCACAGUAAUGUUAGAACACAUACUAUUUAGAACUUAGAUAUAGGAAGAGCUGAAAUAUAUUGCAAGGCUUUAAAUCAAUUUUUAUCAGAAUUUAAUGUAAGGAAAAAAAAAUUAGACUAUCUUCAAAAUUUUAAGUUAACUUUAAAGCAUUUGAUAAUGCUAGACUCUGAACCAGAAUAUACUAUGAAUGUUGAAGUUAUGAAAUAGUUUUUUCUAGAUUAUUUAUUUACAACUACAAACUCUGUUUUGGAAAUAGAAAGUUUCAGAUUUGUAAAAAGCUUUGCUAAGUAAAAUAGAAAAGAAGCUUUAAAAUUGGCUGCAGCCUACAUCUUAGAGUCAAUUCACAAAAAUCCUAAAAUAAGGUAUUCCUUAACUUGCCUUAAAUUCUUUUCAUCGUGUGUAGAAUUAGAUGUUUAGACCUUUAAGUGUUUUUUAUUAACUCCUAAUAUUAGAUUAAGGACAUUUAAAUACUUCAAAGACGAAAUGAAAGGCGAAGGAAGUGUUUAUUUGAAUCAAAUGUAGAAUUUCUUGAAUGAAAUGCCGGAGACCUUUGUACAUAGCUUAUCAAUCUUAAAAUUAGAUACCAUAACAAAUAUUUCAUUUGAUGUAGGAAAAUUGAUUAGUUUGAUGAUCUACUCUCCUAAAAUCUAAUUGAAAGAGUUUCACUUCUAUAAAAUCAAACUUACAAAAUCUUCUUUAACUUUAAGAGAGUUAGAUUUGAUUGUUUAAAAUCUUACAGAUUGCAAUAGAAUAUUGGGAUUAAGAUAAUUGAAAUUUGGAGAUCUAUAAGGUACUGGAGAAGAGGAGUUUUUUAAAUACAUAGUAUUCAGUCGAUUUAUCAGAUUGAAGAAUUUAACUAUAAAAGCAGUGAAUUUUAAUAACCUAAUUGAAAAUCUGCAAGCUACCAUUAUACCAAAGAAUGUUAAUCCAUUAGAGGAUUUAAGUUAUUUGGAAUUUGAAGAAUUUUAAGUAUAAACGAAAGAGUUAUGGAAUCGAUUAGCUCAAACUUUCAUAUUUUCAAAUAGAAAAUUAUAGUCACUUGUUUUCAAUUCUCUAAACUUGGAUUAUAACUUUACUUUAGGUAUGACUUAAACUUCAGCUCUGUUUAUUUAAAACACAAAGUCCUCCUAAGAUCCCGAAUAGAUUCCAUUAUUAUCACUUAAUGAUCUUAAAUUUAUAGAUUGUUCUUUGAGCUACGAUUUUUUAUCAUUUUUUUUUCCUAUCAGUCAGGUUGAAAAACUUGAAAUCAUUAGGUGCAAGAAUUUAACUUAAGCAAUGAUGAAAGUCAGAGAAAAUUACAUUGAAGAGAUCAACUUAUUUACUUUGAAACUAUUCACUAUGAAGAGUUGCUCUAUUACAGAUACUAACUUAUUUGAAUGGAUGGUUGAGAAUUUAAUCUUGAAUUUUGACAGAUAAUUGCUAGAAACAUUAAAUUUAGAUAAUUGUAAUUUAAAUGAUGAUAUGAUUAAUCCAAUAUGUUAACAAUUACAAUUAAUUGCAAAUAACAUUCUAGAAUUUAAAAGAAUCUUUUCAUUGAGAUAAAUUAAUUUAUCAAACAACCCUGAUAUUUCAGAAAGCUAAUGGCUUAAUAUAUUUAACUCAAUCCUUCAUCUGAAUUAACCUCUACACCUUCAAAAAGCCCUUUAAGAUACUCGUUAAGAUGACAUUAAUAUGCUAAUCAAUGAGAAUUCGCUAUUUGUUACCUAAUCUCUACUUGGUUUAAAAUCAAAAUUGUAUUAUAACCCGUAACUCUUUAAACCUUAAUUUCCUUAAUAAUUGUAACAAUUAAAUAUUGAUUUGGAAUUUCAGAAUUUUAUUCUUAAAAAUAAUGGUUAAUCAUAAUUAGAAUACCUUGAAAUGAAAAGUUAAAUUUACACAAGAAUCAUAAUUGGGUUAAUUUUAUUCCCAUAUAGUUAAUUAAGAAAACUAAAAUUGUCUCAUUUAGAUUUAGAUUUAUUUAUGACUUGUUGCAAAAAGUCUAUCGAUUUUUUUUAGAAAUACUUGGAAUCAAAGCCUGAAAACACAUUACAAAUUUAAUUUAUCAAACUAGAGGAUAUUCAUAUUAAUUAAGUUACUACUCAAAGUAAACAAAGCAUUGAGCAAUUCUUUAGUCUAUUUCUUUGUAAUAAUCAAAUUAAUUUAAAAAAAUUAUCUAUCAAUGGAUUCAAGGAAUCAUUUUUAUAGAUCCUAUUGACUCUAUGUGAUAAACGAUAAUCAUACUAGCUUGAAAAAUUGUCAAUUGAAAAUUGUGAAGAUAAAUUGACAUCAGAUUAAUCUAAUAAAUUUUUAAAUUAUUUCAUUUUGGGUAAAGUCUUUCCGAUCAAAUCACUGACAAUUUCGAAAGGAAUACUAUUUGACUAAAUAAAGCAAUUUGAAAUUUAACCAGAGAACAUUUGCAAAAUAGAGAAAUUAAAAAUAUCGGUAGAUGAUAAGGGCAAAAAUCACAUGUCCUCAAUAUAUAAGAUGUUUACUUUGCUUUUCCUUUAAGAGAGCUAAUUAGAGUAUUUGGAAAUUACAACUCCCAAUGCAGAUAGCAUAUUCUAACAUAUAUUUGAAGUAUGCAAGGCACAGAAAUUGAAACUGCAAAGUCUCAUCAUUAAUGCAGAGAUCAGUGUUGAUAUGGAAUUCUUCCAUUUUCUCUAGAAGUCAGUUGAGACUUUGAAACUUUUGAAGAUUUACAAAAUAAUAUAUCUAAAGUAGAAUGAUGCUAAUUAUCUAUUGCAUUAAAUUUGUAUGACUCCAAAAUUAGGAAGCAAAUUGGAAUUGAAUAAAAUAGAGCAUGAGGACACUUAUUUUUUUUAUUAUAAUCUAAUCUUUAAUGAAAUGUUUGGAUUUACAGAUUUAAUAUUGAGGGAUGCUGUUAGUUUUGCUAAUUUAUAACUGAAUUAUUCCAUUUAUAAAUUUAGAUAUCUAAAAUUGGAUAUGGGGAUUGAUUAUAAUUCUAAAAUUUAAUUGGAUGUUGAUGCUUUGACUUUAAUUUCCUCUAAGAUAAUAUACAAUGAAGACAGUGUUUUAGAGGAAUUAGUAUUGAUGAAUUGCGAUCUAAGAAUACCUGCUAUAAAAGCAAUUGUUAAUUCUGCAUAGAAGUUGAGGGAUAGAAUCACUUAUACUUGGCGUUAGAAAUCCUUCUAUUUGACAUUAAAAAGAAUAUGCAUCUUACAUUCAUUCCACAUUGGAUAGGAGGGCAUGGACUUAUUGUUUAAUAAUUUAAUUUACUAUGAAUAUAUCAAUAUAGAACGAAUAGAACUAUAGGCCAUAGAAUUGGAUGAUAAAAUGGUUACUGAUAUGAUCAAGUAUGCCGUUGAUUGGCUGCAUUUUCAGAAGAGAAACCAAAGGUAAUUUACUAGGAUAUUUCCUCUUCGUUAUUUGGACAUUGGAAAAAAUGAGUUAUUUUAAGAUAAAGCAGUUUGGUAGAAGUUUUUGAGAACUUUUGUUUUUACUGACAAGGCACCUUAUUUGGAAAUCUUGAAUCUUCAUUUUAUGGCUCUGAAUGAUGGAAUAGCCAAUAAUAUCUCUUAUAAUGCAUUAAAAUAUUUAAAUUCUAAAUCAGGUGAUUUCUAAUUCCCUUUGAAGAGAUUAAAUUUUUCCAAGAACAAUUUCUUAACAGAAGUAGGAUGGAAAGAUAUCUUCAAUAAUUUCAUUUUUCAUCCAAAGGUUUACCUAAUAGAAUUAAAUAUGACGAGUACUCAACUAGAUUCUGAGGAGAAGUUGAAUUCAAUAAUGAAUGCUGCUAGAAAAAGAGCAGCUGUCUCAAAAAAUAAAUUACUUCCAUUACAUACAUUGUUAUGUUACAAUGUGACUCUAAAAACUAUGAUAGCUUAAUAUUUGUCUCAAAAAUCAUAAUAAUAUUAAGCUCCUGAGGAUUUACCCAUUAAAAUUGAUUAUAAGUGUUGGAAGUAAGGUAUCUAUGAUGAAAUUCCAAUUAAUUUAGGAGAUCAAAUAGAAAUUUUGAAUUCCUUAAUCUAUAAUACAACUGAAUUGAUCAUACCCAGUCACAUUGAUUGCACAGAAAUUUUAAAGUUUUCCUAAUUUCAUCUAAACUUUUUGGAACAUUAUUUAUAAAUCUUAAAACUUUCGAACCCAGAAGAUUCUCACCUAAUCAUAAAUUUAGCCACUUUAGACAAGUUCUCAAAUCUAUUUAGAUACACAAAGGAGAAACCAGCAAAGCCAUACCCAUAUUAUAUGAUCUUUUAAAGAGAGACUUACAUAUUUCUUAGUUAGAAGGAAAACAAAAUCAAAAAAAUAAGUUUAAUCCAAGCAGAUUCUUAAUCUUUAGAAAAGUUACACCAAUUUGAUGUGCUGCAAAUUUGGGAGAAUAUUCAAUUCUAUUAGUGUUAAAUUGAUUAAAUAAUGAUGGAAUAUACAUUAAACGAUGAUCUAGUUGAAAAGAUGUUAUAAAAAGGUUAUACAGAAAGAGACUUCAUUUCAUUGUGUAGAUUGAUUCCUCCCUCGAAGAUCAGAAUUUAAGGAACACUCAGUCUAUAAGCAAUAAAGGGAUUGUACUCUAUAUUAUAUGACACCUAUUACUUUUAAUAUUCAGUAAUUGAUUAUAAAUUUGAUGACUUUUUGAACAUCGGUAUUGGAUAUGGGUUGAGAGAAACAGCUUAUACAGAAGCCUAAGGAAAUUAUUGGUCUAAUUUGCUUCGAAUGACCAAGUACAACUUUUAUAAUACUUUUGUUAAGCCAACUUAAAAAUAUGUUUUUGAUGAUUCAGUCAAAAAGUUGGACAAUUACUUAUCAACUAAGAAAUUAAAUCUGUUACUUUUAGUUUUAACCAACUUUUUAUUUUUUGGUGCUGCCUUAGUCGCACCAUUUUUCUUGAUUGAAUUUGCGACCCAUGAAAACGAAUAACAAUGUUAAGUAACUAAAGGGUAUUUGUAAUACUAUUGUUAUGCUGGAUUUGCGGUUAUUUCUGCUUUGGUUGAAGGAUAUCUGUACUUUUCGAUUUCAGAUGUAAUUCCAGAAUACGUUACAGCUUUGGAACAUGCAGUAUAGUUUAAUGAAUCAGAAAUUGAGAUUACUGAAUACAAACUAAAAUCGAGUGCUUUGGAUACAAAUGGUGGUCAAACAAUAGAAAGGUAAUUCAAGGAAAAGAGGAAAUCUAGAAUUGAACUAUCGAUUGAGUAAAUUAUCUCUCGCUUACAAAGUGCAGGAUAAUCAAGAUAAGCAGCAAUAGUGAAUCGAAUUCUUUAAUUUUUUAUGUCCUAAUUAUUUAAGUUCGACCUUUUUGGUGAUGUGACAUUCAUUUUAGUACUUUAGAAUUGCAAUUAUAAUGAGUUGUUCUAUCUAACCAUAGCGAUUACUGCUGCUACUUCAGGGGUUCAUUUUCUCUACUUCAUGUAUUUAAUCUUGAAAAGAAUAUCCAAAUAAAAUAGACAAAUACAACAAUUGUCAUCCUAAUACAUUAACGACUUUUACACAAUUGGAUUUCAAGGAAGAAACGCUGCCUUAUCGAACUUAUUGGAUUCUAUUGCACCAUACAAUGUGUCAGUAAUACCAAAUAAUAAAUUUACAAGAGCUAUAGUACCAAAUUCAGCUGGUAAAUCAAUGAGUAAUUUAGUGAAAGGCUAUUUUCUAUAGUUUAUAUUUGAAGACUUGCCAUAGAUAGUGAUUUAGACCUAUUUUACAGUGAGUCAGGCUGUGAAGUUUGAGGGCGAAUUGGAGAUUUUGACUUAUUGUAGAAUAGCAAUUUCAUUUAUAACGGUGGUUACGUCCUUUUUAAAGUUUAUGUCGAUUAGGCCGACGAUUUUGGUGCAAGAUGAUUUUGAUAAGUUAAGUGAUAGGAAGAAGCAGAACUAUAAGGUUGAGAGGAGGGAUUUGUUGCAAUAGGAGAAUUGGCAAUUGAAGAAAUACUCGUAGUAUAGUUAGAAGGCGGAGAAUGAUCAACAAAGACAGAGUUUGGAUGAGACUCAGCCUUUGAGAUUUUAAUCACCUUGA